AUGCCCAUUCCCGAGCUUCAUGGAAGCCAGGAGGAGGAGGAGCAGUGUGUACCUGCUUGCACUCUCUGGGAACAAAGGAGGAAAGCUGCAGUCUAUCGGGCAGGAGUCAGGCUGAUCUUCCCGGGGUGGCAACACUGCUGUACUUAUGUUGUGCUUUUCCUGUGCACCAGACCGUGCCAGUGUGAAGGGAAAGAUCUGCUGAAAAGCUGCGGAGGCUCUGGGAUUGGGGAGCAGCGGGUGAGCACCGAGGCCGCCCAUCUUCCGGCGAGAAGGAACGCUGAGGCAGCAGUCGCUGGCUACCCCGUCGGGUUGGGAGGCAUCUGCCGUUUCCCUUGCUGCUCAGAGCAGGACCGAGGAAAAUUGGGCCGAUUACCCCCUAUAAUGCAUCAUCAACCAGCGCCCUCUGAUGGCCAGGCUCCUGGAGGUCGUUUCCAGCGGUCUCACCUUGCCGGGGCAUUUGCAAAAACCAAAGGAUCAGGUGGAGGCACUGGAGGAGGUAGUGGAAGAGGCCUGAUGGGGCAAAUUAUUCCAAUCUAUGGCUUUGGGAUUUUUUUAUAUAUAUUAUACAUUCUAUUUAAGCUCUCAAAGGGGAAAACUGCAGAGGAUCGGAAAUGCUCUACUGCCACACCUGGAAAUACCCACAGGAAAAUCACCAAUUUUGAACUUGCUCAACUGCAAGAAAAACUGAGAGAGACAGAGAAAGCCAUGGAAAAAUUAAUCAACAGAGUGGGACCUAAUGGUGAAAGAGCACAGACUGUGACUUCUGACCAAGAAAAACGAUUGCUGCAUCAGCUCCGAGAAAUCACCAGGGUCAUGAAAGAAGGAAAGUUCAUUGACAGCUCUACUCCUGAGAAAGAAGCUGAAGAAGCCCCUUACAUGGAGGAUUGGGAAGGUUACCCUGAAGAGACUUAUCCAAUUUAUGACCUUUCAGACUGUAUCAAGCAUAGGCAAGAAACAAUCCUGGUGGAUUACCCUGAUCCAAAAGAGCCCUCUGCUGAAGAAAUAGCUGAAAGAGUGGGGGUGCUGGAAGAAGAAUCAGACCAUUUGGGCUGGGAACGCCUGCCCCUUGACUCUAGAGUCCAGGAAGAUAAUUCUUUUACCUCAUGUUACCCAAAGCCAGAAACAUGUUCCUGCUGUUUUCAUGAAGAUGAUCCUGUUGUCUUGGCAGAGAAUGCUGGAUUCAGUGCAGAUAGCUACAGUGACGAACAAGAGGAAAGCACCAAAGAAUACCGGAGCCGAGACUUUAGUGAUGAAGGGUUGGGCAUGAGCCCUGAUAAAACAUGUAUAGGUGGCAUGCUGAGGAAGCGUAACCCCCAGGGUUUGGAGUGAAAACAGCCAGUUGGUGAAGUAUCCAUUUCUCUAGACCUAAGGUGACCUUUUUCUCCUUUCUGAUUUCAUUCUUGGCCCUGUGCCCUGUAAUUCCUUCUCUGUGUUCAAAUGUCAUAGCUGUUGGGCCACUACCACGGCUAUCAUGUAUCCUUCCUGGUGCUCAUACAUCUGUCACCUGGUAAAACGUAGACAUUAGUGUGAACACAAGACAGCUUUGCUCUCUUCCUGUCUUUCCCUCACCAAGAAGUUGAUGCAUUGAGUAAUUAUAUUUGGUCCUUCAUAAUCACAGAUGGGACCAUUCAGGUAAAGGUCUAACUCUUCCUCCUAGGAGUAACAAAUGGUUUACCUGUGAACAAACAUCGACUUACAGAUGAUGAAGAUUUAAGGCUGCAAGAGUGAAGAUUUGAGACUCUUUGGUGCCUUAUUCUUUGAGGCUUGACCAGGUUAAUGGCUUCCUGGGGCGAAGAGAAUUGUUUGUGGGGAUGAUGGAUGCCGAGCAGGAGUGAGACAUUGCUGACUAAGCUGAAGCCUCUUGCUCUUGUUGAAGUUCUUUCUAGAAGCACCAAAGAGGUUUCAGACAUUUUCUCCAGUGUAGUGGGAGGCUCCCACUCACCUGAGGAUGAGUCCACAGAUCCAGUAUUUGGAGACUGUUCCAAUAGCACCUUGAUGUCUAGCUUUCUUUAUCCCUAUUCUGCUUAACAGAACUGCCAAGCCCAGAAACACCUUUGUACAUUGGGUAUGCAGUGGCCAGAGGAAGCUUUAAAUAGACACUGUAGUCCCUUAUCUGGAGGACCACAGUUUGAAGCUGUCAAAGACUACCAUGAGUAGUAAUCCUGCUGUGAGGAGCUCAGGCCCAGGAGCCUGAAACAGGGGAGAGAAGCUGUGCACAUAAGGACUGUCUUUGCUUAGAAGCUGUUUCUAACCUUUGGGAAAUCUGUCCUCACAACCAUGUGAAAUGAAACAGAAAUGAGGGCUUAGCUUGGAUACAAAGUGGCACCACAACAAGGUAGUUGCUGUGUUUGUUGCAGAGACAGAUGUAUCAGUGCCUGGGUGAAAGAAACCAUUUAGUAUUUAGUAUUUGAUAUUUGGGCCUUUUGAGAAAGUUGGGGAAAGUAGGAAAUGAAUAGGAUGGGGAGGAUUUUUUACCAUAAAGCCCUUUCUAAGCCAUCAUUUUUCAUGUGUCUUCAUGAGACAAGGUGGCACCUAUGAGGUCUAACAUGAAGGAUGAGCAAAUUCAUAGUUUACUGUAAGACCUGAGAGUUUAAACAGGGCAUGUUUCAAAAGACAUUCCCAGUUAUGAAAUGGGGAAGGCUCAAAAACUAAGAAAUUAUGUAAAAGUAGAUACAACUUUUAGAAUUCCAUUAUGCUUGGCACGUGAUGCCAGGAGCAUAGCUAAAACCACAUAUAAGCAUAUAAACUGCUCUGAGAAGGUAUAGGAUCAUAUUAAGUUAAUCUGUCAGCUCCUAAGAGGUGUUAGGUGGUAGUUGAACAACAAAAGUCACUGAACAUUGAACCUGUAGAAAGUGUACUGCAUUGCAUCUGUCUCUAGAGAACAUUUGAUUCAUAUUAUAAAGAAUGUAGCUUAAAAUGUACUGAAGACAAUACAGACAUGAUGUUAACCCUAAA